UGUCCAAGUCAUUGUGUCACUCGCGACUCCUGCGCACGUAGCUACGCGGUGAGGUCCGUUUUAGUCAGUUUGAUGGUGUUAUUUAUAUUUUAGUGGAAGUGAGACAUUUUGUAAAGUGAUUUUUUUUUAAUAUUGGUGAAUAUUAUGUGCGAAAAAGAAUAGUGUUUGCUUAUUCCCGAUAAUGGAGAAGAAUGAGAAGAAGUGUAAGAGAUUGGAGGAAUUAGACGAAGAGGGAGUAGUGACGCUUCUGGAGAAAUGGGAUCUCGAAGAGUUUGUGGAGUUUGCCAGGGUGAAGACAAUGGAUGGAAGGAAGCUAUUGGACGUCACCGAAGGAAUCGUAAAAUUAUGGAAACCGAAAGCGAACGCUAAGAAAUUCAUCACAUUCAUCGAAGAUAUGAAACUGAAUCCCAAUAAAUAUUUAGAAAACAAAGACGUAACAAUGGCAAAGCUGAAUUUUCGAGAUAAAACAACAACAAUCCACGAACAAACAGAAUUUACAACAACAGACAAAUCUGAUAUCGAGAGUCAGUACCAAACCGUUACGCAUCGGAGAAAGGAAGAUGCAGUGCACACUCACUCAUCUAUGAGCUCAGUCGAAGAGCUGAUCAGAAGAAUAGUUCCUGCUAAGAGUUUCCUGUACAGAAACCAGCAAAGAGCCGAAAGAACACCUUCCUACCUGCCUAUGGAUGCCGGAACCCCAAAGAAGAAGAAACUAUUCAGAUUAAGUUCAUACGAAUAUCCAUUCUUCGAUAUAAGAGCUAAGUUCACAAGACAAGAAAGUUCAAACGACAGAGGGUACUACGCCAUGAAGAGAAACAGUAGAUAUUACAUAGCUAGAACUUAUAGGAAACCUGAAUGUAGAAAUAAAUAUAAAUCAUUAUCAACUCCUGAUGAAUUCAGUGACAAAUAUCCUGACGAUCACUUUUAUGAAGACUUAUGUUAUAAUGAAGUUGAGAAGGAAAAAGAAAAGCCACUAGAAACAAGAGUGAAUGUGAAACCUUGUAUUGUAAAGAUUCAAGAACUGUUUCAGUCGUUCAAAGUGCCAUUCUUCAAGAAGACGGAGAUGCUAGAAGAGGAAAAGGUGGAGAAUGAGAAAUCGACAUCUAAUUACUAUGAGAAUAGUGACAGUGUCGCUAAUAUGUACGACUCUGUACAUGCUGUUAGACCUGUCGAAGGGAGCGAAGUAAAAACUGAAACGAAGUUGCCAGUGGAGGACUACUUGGAGCCCGUGCAGCUGCACAAGGACUAUUGUGACGUGAACUACAGGCAGAAGGAUGAGUCACUGCUGGGAUACAUCCUCAGCAUCUUCGAGAAUCGCUUUGGAUUACGAAAAGAAACAAAUGACGACCAUCCAUCAGACCAUUCAGAAGCGGACUCCCACAAGGCUGACGCCACCAGCGACGAGUCCCGCAAGUGGCCUGACUCCAAAUCAGGUGCCACCAAUAUGGCGGACCGGCCACUGCCCGUGCCGGUGGAGAACGAGCCUUACUAUAUGAAUGUAGAUAGGCAGGAGGCGCAGAACUUGCUGAGGGGACAGCCUGAUGGGACGUUCAUUUUGAGGCCUUCUAGUCAGCCAGACCACGCAUACACUCUAAGCGUAUCCUGCGCAAACGCAGUGCACAACGUCGGAAUCCGACGUCGUCCGGACGGUCGGCUCGCGCUCGGGUUCGCUCGGCGCGGCGAGCAGAGCUUCGUGAGCGUGACGUCACUGCUACGUCAUCAUCGCAAGAGACGUCUGCUAUUGGUCGCUGGCGGUAACGUGAUUGGAGCCACUACUUUGAAUGAAGCUCCUCAGUAUUAUCAGAGUCCUAGUAGCAUCCCUGUGCCGGUGGGGAAUUGAGUUAUAUUUUAUCUUUUUUUAGCCUUCGUAAUAUGCAUUUAUAUUUAUCAAUCUAUGAAAAUGAAUCUCAUGUUUGAGAGAGAGCCCACAGCGUCGAGUGGAGAAUUCAAUUUUGAUAAUUUUUAUAUCUACAGCUUUAGGUUUCUUCGGACAAAGUUCGAUCUGAUGUUAUAAUAUCAAACAGUUUAUAAAUCACAGUUGCAAUAGUUACUGUAGUGAUUUAAGAAUUGGCCUUGUUAAGAAUUACUAGGUAAAAACAAAAUGUAACGUUAAUUAAUUUUCAAAUAAUUACAAACACAUUAUUCUGAUACUUUCUUGUGCCAUAUAAAUAAGUUAUAAGAAACGUUGAAAGAAACUAUGUUUUGUACUGACGAGAACCACCUAUAUAAUUGAAUGUUAUAUUAAAUACAUUGUCUGC